UUGGCUUCUUGUUUUUGCACGUGUCGCCUGUGGUGUCGCGCUCGCAGAUGUUUUGAUUUUGUAGUUGAGAGCAGGGGGCACCGACGAAUCACGACUUUGCGCCUUCGUCCUUGAGAGUUUCACUUCUUUUUUUUCCCGCAGUGCUACUAGGUGAAGCGGAAGAAAGAACGUCUGCGAUUCUCCGUCCCUGUGAAUAUUGUGUGGCGCUAACGACGAGGCUCGGAACACGGGGAAAUGCCUACUCCUUCGCGUAGCGCGCUGACUGUGCGGCGGUCGCGCGUUCAAAUCUUUCCCGACGUCGCCUCGGGAUGCUCUUGACAACUCGCGCAGCUGACGCGGGCGAUAGAGUGUUGUGUGGUUGAUGAAAUCGUCGCCAGAGCCGCUCUAUGAGCGAGCAGAAGAGCGCUAAUUUGGGCCAUGGUGCCAGCGAACGUCUCGGAGCCUCGCGAGAUGUCUUGCUCGUCGCCGCCUUUGACGCCGGCUGAAGACGAUUGCAGAUCCCCGGACGAGCAUGGAGCACAGCCAAUAUUGCAACCAGCACCACAGGAUGGCAAGUCACUGGUUCACCUCUUCGAUGGUGGCACGUUGGUAUCCCAGUCCUUCGCACAGUCACUUCUACAGAGCAUCCUAUCCAGCGUAGAGAGCAGGGACCCUGUGGUGGCGACUGCCUGGGCCGACACGCUGCUGGAUGUUCUCGAGCUUCUACCAAGGGCCACAAUAUCACAGCAGGUAUUGCCAGUCGCAGUGCAGAAGGGCCAGGUGUCCCAGUCACCCCUGUCCCGCCUAGUUUCCUGCCGUCUGUUGGGUGCAGUGGCCGCACUGCUGGAAACAGUCGUGGUGCAGAAGGAGCUGCUACCGCUGGCAGAGUCCCUCUGCCGGGAUCCUGAUCCGGACGUUCGGGCCAGCAUGUGUUGUCAGCUGGGCACUCUCACUCGGUCCAUCGGGCUGGGAAUGACAAAGCAGUAUCUGCUGCCUUGUCUGGUAGAGCUGUCCAGUGAUGCAGACAGCGCAGUUCGGCGUGCAGCACUGGAGGCUACUGUCACUAUGCUGGGACUGCUGGAUGACGUGCCAUGCCGGGACAAUCUGGUGUCACUGGUUCUCCGGUGGAGGCAGCGUUCUGCUGGAGAACUGGCUUUCCUGGCUACGCAGUUUGGACCCCUCUGCCGCCUGCCUACAGGAAUUGUGGAGAAGGAUGGCUGGCUGGUGGAGCUCUACCAACAGUUGUCGACCACCGGAUUGUGUGUCUCCAAGAACAGUCCAGACAGAAUGCCCACUUCACAAGCCGCCGGCAGCCGGUGUCGUCGGACUUGUGCCCACUUUUUUCCUGACCUGGUGCAGUUCGUUACUGCAGAAUCAUUCGAGGCCAAACUACUACCCGUAUGGCAGAGGUUGUGUGCCGACCCAGACCCAUCGGUGCGCUCUGUCAUAGCUGGUGCAGUCAUUCAGGUGGUGAAUGCAAUAAGGGGCCACGGCAUCGUAGGAUGGCCACACCUCUUGCUGCCCGAGACUUGCAAGCUACUCACGGAGGGUCUCCUGGCGGAGAGUCUGUCAGGUCUGGUGCAGGCCUUGCUGGAAUCUCGCGACCACUGUUGUCCCGGCUGUCGGGGCUGUGACAGGUGCUGCACGCAAGAACAGCUUGUGGAGCUGGUCUCUGCUGCCGAGGCAUGCAUUGCACGAGUGGGCCUCAAGUGGCGUCGUGAGGUGGCUAUUUGGAGCGCUCUCGGUUGCUUCACUGGCUCACUGCUUCAGACUUCUCUGGAAGAACGUAUCACUCAGCGCCUGCUCCGGCGGACUCAGGCUUCCGGACCACUACCAUGUCGACUGGCUGCUGUCCAGAGUCUAGUGGCUUUCCUGCGGCACGGCACCAGCGGUCAAGAGCAACUCCUCGCAGACAUCACUCGAGAGUUGGCGGAGGGACGGAGCUGUCGCAGUCGACUCAUGUUCGUGCAACUCUGCGCCCACGUCCAGGACAGUCGACUACUGACGCAGUGGCAGUUGUUGCAACACCUCCACCGACUGGCUGCCGAGGAUUUGGUGGAGAGCAUACGGCGUCAGGCAGGCCGCUGCCUCGAGCAACUGGAACCUCGGUCGAAGGCUGAGCAGCAGUCUGCGACCUCGAAUACUCGCCCGGCCACUACUAGGAGGCUCAAGGCCAUGGCUCUCUGCAUUCUCAAGGGUUCUUCAUUGGAGCAUCAUUCCUCUUCAAAAGUACCAGUUAGCGCACGCCAUUGGCCAACGGGCUUAACCGGAAAACAAGAAGAUCACUCGUCAUCACACGUGCACAAAGCAAGUGCAAUGCAGUCUCCAGGGAGACCGGCUGAGAGAAGUCCAACUCCUAGCCGUAUUCCAGUUUUGGAAUCUGCUUACAGGUGCAGGAGACAGCCUACAGAGACCGUUGGCAAACAACUUCCAGACUGAACCCAGAAACUCGGGCCAGAAGUUGUCCGUUGUGUGCUUUUGCAGCCUGUUCCAGGUGGCUACAUAUUUUGCCGUGCUUGGAUUUGCCGAGUGUGGCUGAAGUGGACGCAACAAAAAAGACUUCUCAUAAGUGCUACUGGCCCGUCGUAUCGUCACGUUUCAUUGGGCAGUUCGUGGAUAAUGGUUGUAGACAGGUUGGCAGGUAGCGAUGGGGACACAAAACGGAUCCUUAUCGAGCAAGCUUGCAUGACCAUUGUCACCUAUCAUCUUGUCUACAACCCAACAGACUUGUGCCAUUUUUGUCACCUGUUGCCUUGUCUACAAUCGUCACAUCCAGUGAGGGAACUGUGGUAUCCUGUGGUAUCCCGUCGAAGCUACCACAGGAACCAAGUUUGCUCCUUGUUAAGCAAACUUGUUUCACGGUCAUCACCUUUUGGCCUGUCUGCAACUGUCACGUUCAGCAGUCAUCUUGUUCAAGGUGGCACUACGACAAUAGUGAACUUGUGUUUGCUGAAGAAACAGCAUAACUCGGUGACAGCAUGGUGAGGGGCUGUAAAAUUAAAUGGCCCGGUGCACAUUCAGCCCCUUUUGACACAGCAUCACAGAGCGUCCCCAUUCAAUCAUUGGUGACCGCAAGAAUCUUCGAAGUGGCCACAUACGUCACAUACAAUAUGAUAAGGCAGGUCUUUCCUUGCAGUGUUGCCCAGAAUAAUCGUGACUUAGGAAUGAUGAAUUCGCUGAGUGAAUAUCACACAAGAGCAACACUGAUAGUACUGCAAGGGAAGAAAAGUACAAGGAAUAUGCACGUAGUGUUAUCGUCACCAACUGCGUUGAUGGAAGUCGUGUAACAAUGUGUCAUGCACAGCUCGGAAGAAGUGGACAACACUGCCUGUUCAUAAUAUUUUAUUCUGCUGUGCACUCAGUCCUGCUGUUGUGCCAUUGUUAUAAUUGCAAGCUACUGCAAUCAUGACCUGUGGCAUUAUUCUUGACCUGAACAACACAUUUAAUUGAUGGCAACUGCAAACAAGAUUGUUGGUCGUUGAAUCGCAUUGCCAAAAUCUGUCUAUUUAUGUGUGUGUCAUAGUACAUUCCGCAGCAGUCAGCAGUGCUCACAUAGACGUGAAAAUGUGAAAAAGUGCUUGUGUCACACAUACGAUCUGGUUAGACAGAUCUCUCUUGCUACCAUAUUGGCAACAACAUUCACGAAGUUUUGGACACUGCAGACAUGUCACGCGUGAGAGUGACAUUCACAACAGUGAUAGUACCGUCAAAAUGAUCACUGGCAAAAAGUCAAGCAGCACAUGCAUGGUAGCAUCGCUCUUUGCUGACACCUAGGGAAUACCUGGCAAUGCUGAAUGUAUUGUGCAAAAUCAGUGCCUAUAGUGUUCAAUCAAAAGUGCAGCCUCAAGUGACCAGUUUUGGCGCACUAAAGCAUGACCUCGGCAUUCAUGUUUAUAAAGAAAUCUGCUUACAAGCAUGUACACAAGUGCCGCCUGCGUUAGAGAGGCCAUCUUGAAGUUCCUGUGUCGCUUAUCUGUGCAACAGAGCGACGCAGAAGUGAUCUUGUAAACACAUUGCUGCAAUCUGUUGGGUCAUACUUGCAUUGUCUCUAGAAAGCCCAGUUGUGCUUACAGAAGAGACUGCAGUUUUAACCAGAGCGGUGUGUGUGCUUGCAAAAAUUUGCGAAGUCUUGUCUAGUUGCUUAGACCAAUGCAACAGUGGUGUGCUUGGAGAUGUUUAAUUGCACUGUUUGCAUGUUCUGGCAUACUUUUAUGAGAGAUAGUAUGGUGAAGUGCAAUACUAAAUUUCGCAGUUUUGAUAGGAAUAGUCCUAACUUUUUUUAGUACUUCACUCGCUAUCUCAGUUUCAUCAGUCGCUAAAGUAUCAAUUCAUAAUAAGAAAGCCCUGCGACAUAUUUAAAAUUUAAUAAAGUAUUGGGCACGAAGGAACAUCUUCAAUAAUCCCCUUCUUCUAGAAUUUUAAAGCUAGAAUAAGCAAAUGUUGCCUUCGAAAUUUGCUUUCUCAUCCCAUUUUUCCUAGCUCAGGAUUUUCGAAGAUGAGUUGUCUGCACACUAGUAAUCUACAGAAUGGUCCUCUAGUUUCUUUGCUGCACUCAUAGAAACAAUAUUUAGGUCAAGUGCUCAAAAAAUCCUUAUCUAGCAUACGGCAAGGCUUCAUUGCCAUGCUCAAAAAAGUGUGGUAGGGCUUUUGAUGAAUAAUACAUUACACAUCAUCAGUUGGUUGCCAGACAUUGAUUGUAUCACUGAUAUCACUGAAACUACAAUUUGUUGCUUACAGUGUUAAGCUACGAACAACACGAGCCUACAUCUCGUGUAAGCAAAUGAAAGUAUUAUUGCUGCGACUUCAAUCGUGAUUAGACUAUGCAUGCAUCACAUAGGAUCAUCCACUGAAUACUCAACCUAUGAAGCCUGGGUGUACACUCACAAAUUAGCAUUUAAUGUUCUGUAUUUUUACAUGCAUAACCCCACUCCUACAAAUGAUACAGUGCCCUCCCUAUUACAGUCCUUGAAAGAGGAAGAGGAUUGAUCUGUGUAAUAUGUUUUCCCUUUAUUUUUAAUAAACAAUCCAGCACAGUUUCAGGCAAGAAUCGAAGUUCCUGAAAAUGUAUUGCCUUAUGUGCUUAGUCAUUGGCGCUUUCACUGUUACUUCUCAUCGAAGCAUAGCACAGGGUUAUCAUGACAGUGCAAAGCAUGUUGUUGCAAAGCUGCACCUGAACGAAAAGUUCUCAUAUUAGCUGCACUUUGUACUUAGAAGUAUAGUAAAAGCAAACGCUGAGUCCGUCUUAAGAUCGUUGGAAAGUUUGGGCCUUGUUAUACUAAAGUAUUGUACGAUACGAAAAUGCCUUUAUUGUAUUCAAUAUUCAUUGUAAGCAUAUGUGCUUUUACGUGGUAUUAUAAUAUCUUUGAGAAACAGGUUAAACUUGGUUUGUUGUAUCCGGUAAUCUGUAGUUGUGUUGUAUCGAGGUUAAAUCUACCUUUCUAGGAAUCUUGCAACAUUAUUUGUUUUGCACCAACACAUUAUUUCAGUAGGGAGAAAAAUCACAGCUGAAUGCAUUUUCAAAUUGUGUGUGUGAACAGCUGUUAUGUAGGUGUCCAAUCCAUGCCGGCAAUCUUGAAAGCCAUGCUCUAGAGAGCCUCCCUUGAGCCAUAGGCCUGCACGCAGACGAUGCCACGCUUGCACAAAUAGAGCCAACAGAGUAGUACAAUAGGUGGAAUCCAAAAACCGACAUCUGUGACAUAUUUCUGGCUCCCGCAAUUGCUUCUGCCACAUGCAGUGAGCAAAAGCAUAGCCUUCGAGAUCUGCAUUUCUUAAACAGAUGACGCCACCAUUGGGGUGUAGAUUUGGACGCUACCUGUGGGCUAUGUAGGAGCUGCAAAUCCUUCAGUAGAAUUAUUAGAAAAAAUUUUAAAAUUGCAUUCUCUUUAAUGCUGAAAGGCAGCACAGUAAGCUUUUUAACGCGACAUUGUUAAGGGCCCCGUGUCGCAGAAAAUCCGGUGUCGGCGGCGUUGUUUGGCAGAGAAAAUCAUCCCGAAUCGCGCAUCCUGAAACACGCAGGCCCUCCGCGAGGCGUGUAGGCGUUAAUGAAUUAAAUUAAAUGUUGCUCCUCCUCCUCCUCCUCCUCUCAAAGUAAAAUGCGUCAGAAAAUUUGUAAAGUACCACUUGCACACAACCUACAGACACUAUGCCAUUGGAUUGUAAAUUGAAUAUACGACAAAACAUAAUUCUGUUGCGGAGAAAUUCAAACAAAAAACCGCUUCUCCAGCUGCAUUUUGAAGUCUGUCUCGGUAGGAGUGGUGUGCCCUGCUCGCUUCCUUGUGGCAUCAGCUAGAUGGCACUCGCCUCAGCACAUCCGUGGCAGCGGCGCGGCAUCCGCCAUGGGGGGGAAAGAAAAUAAAAGAACCAGAAAGCUUGCCGUAGUGCAUAGCUUUCGCUGCCAGCGUUUCCAGGAAAACGUUACGGUUACAUAAGCUGCAGUUGCCAGAAAGCGUGAGAAGCAGUCGGGGAUCUCUGAAUGCUAUUGCAUUCUAAUCUUAAACGCAAAGCUUAAGCAUCCUCCAAGUUCUCAUGUUAAUGUCAUUUUGUUGCUUGCAUGAUUUCAGUCUUUAUUAAAAGUCAGGAUUUGGACUCCUUUGCACAGUACUUAUAAGUUUAGCUUAAUAUGAGCCUGCAGUUUUCCUUUAUUUUUAUCGGACUCUUUCGUGUGGGUUGUGCAUGCAAAAAUACAGUACACCCGGGCGCAUUUUCUCAGUGAAGCAUUUAAUGCUUUACGCCAUGUUGGAGUGUUACUACAGUCAUGUAGCAAUUCUCAGGAACUCCUCCUAUUCUUGUGUGUGUGUUUGUUAGUGUAUGUGCAAAAAAGGUCUAGUGCAAUAGCUGUUGGUGGUUGAGAGUAGCAGUCCUUAGGAAGUGCCUUAUUUUGUAAAAAAAAAAAUAAUGAUACGACCAUUGUUGACCCUGGCCCUAUAUGAUUGUGGGCAUCCUUUACUUGUUGAUACUAUACACUUUUUAGGAAACAAGGGUAUGUUAGACUCUGUAAGCAUUCCUUACGUGAAAUAAAACAUUUCCUGUCUUUUGCCUU